GGAGGUAUAAAAUACUCCAGCCAUUUUCAGCGCCAUUUUAUUAAGUGAAAAGAAGCCGUCAAUCGCGCACGUUUGCAGAGUUUCUAGCUAAUUCUUCGACUGAUAUUUAGAUAAUCCAACAAAAUGGCAACGAAAGCACCCGCAGUAGGAAUCGACCUGGGAACCACGUACUCUUGCGUGGGAGUGUUCCAGCAUGGGAAGGUGGAGAUCAUCGCCAACGACCAGGGCAACCGCACCACGCCCUCGUACGUCGCCUUCACCGACACCGAGCGUCUCAUCGGAGACGCCGCCAAGAACCAGGUGGCGAUGAACCCCAACAACACCAUCUUCGAUGCCAAGCGUCUUAUUGGACGCAAGUUUGAAGAUGCUACCGUCCAAGCCGACAUGAAGCACUGGCCUUUUGAAGUAGUCAGUGACGGAGGCAAGCCAAAGAUCAAGGUAGCAUACAAGGGAGAAGACAAAACCUUCUUCCCUGAAGAAGUUAGCUCAAUGGUGCUUACAAAAAUGAAGGAAACUGCUGAGGCUUACCUCGGUAAAACGGUGCAGAAUGCAGUAAUCACGGUUCCCGCCUAUUUCAAUGACUCACAAAGGCAGGCCACAAAAGAUUCGGGUACGAUCUCUGGCUUAAAUGUUCUCCGUAUUAUCAACGAACCGACUGCUGCUGCGAUUGCUUACGGUCUCGACAAGAAGGGAGGUGGCGAACGUAACGUUCUCAUUUUCGACCUUGGUGGCGGCACCUUUGAUGUGUCCAUCCUGACCAUCGAGGAUGGUAUCUUUGAAGUCAAGUCUACCGCCGGAGACACUCACUUGGGAGGUGAAGACUUCGACAACCGCAUGGUCAACCACUUCGUGCAGGAGUUCAAGAGGAAGUACAAGAAGGACCUCACCACCAACAAGAGGGCCCUGAGGCGACUCCGCACCGCCUGCGAGAGGGCGAAGAGAACUCUCUCUUCCUCCACCCAGGCGAGCAUUGAAAUUGACUCCCUGUAUGAAGGUAUUGACUUCUACACAUCCAUCACCAGGGCUCGUUUUGAGGAGCUGAACGCUGACCUGUUCCGUUCCACCAUGGAGCCGGUCGAGAAGUCGCUCCGUGACGCCAAGAUGGACAAGGCCCAGAUCCACGACAUUGUGCUUGUCGGCGGCUCCACUCGUAUCCCCAAGGUACAGAAGCUGCUGCAAGACUUCUUCAAUGGCAAGGAGCUGAACAAGUCCAUCAACCCCGACGAGGCCGUGGCGUACGGCGCCGCCGUGCAGGCCGCCAUCCUGCACGGAGACAAGUCUGAGGAGGUGCAGGACCUGUUGCUGCUGGAUGUGACCCCGCUGUCGCUCGGAAUCGAGACCGCCGGAGGAGUCAUGACCACGCUCAUCAAGCGCAACACCACCAUCCCCACCAAGCAGACUCAGACCUUCACCACCUACUCCGACAACCAGCCCGGAGUGCUCAUCCAGGUGUUCGAGGGCGAGCGUGCCAUGACCAAGGACAACAACCUCCUGGGCAAGUUCGAGCUGACCGGCAUCCCGCCGGCGCCGCGCGGCGUGCCCCAGAUCGAGGUCACGUUCGACAUCGACGCCAACGGUAUCCUCAACGUGAGCGCCAUCGAGAAGUCCACCAACAAGGAGAACAAGAUUACCAUCACCAACGACAAGGGUCGCCUGUCGAAGGAGGACAUCGAGCGCAUGGUCAACGAGGCCGAGAAGUACCGCAACGAGGAUGAGAAGCAGAAGGAGACGAUCGGCGCCAAGAACGCGCUCGAGUCGUACUGCUUCAACAUGAAGUCCACCAUGGAGGACGAGAAGCUCAAGGACAAGAUCACCGACUCCGACAAGCAGAUCAUCCUGGACAAGUGCAACGACACCAUCAAGUGGCUCGACUCCAACCAGCUGGCUGACAAGGAGGAGUACGAGCACAAGCAGAAGGAGCUCGAGGGCAUCUGCAACCCGAUCAUCACCAAGCUGUACCCCGGCGCCGGCGGUGCUGGCCCUACCAUCGAGGAGGUCGACUAAACUACAUUCCAAAGACUUACUUAACAUCUUACGUUGCCGUCGCAUCUUAAUGCUUCUCUUUGUGCAAGUCUAAUAAACAAAUUUUAAUUU